AUGUCCCUGGCCCCACUUCAUUGGCGAUUUGGCAAGGUUUUGGGACACGUGGCAGUUGCACGGAGCACCACGUGGCAUAAGUUGCACAAAGGAAAAAAACAAAGUGCUAAAGAAAAAGUUGAGACUAUAGAUGAUGACAAUAAGGUAAUUACAUAUAGCUUCUUUGAUGGGGAAGUGGGUGAGAGUUACAAGAGUUUAAAGGUAACAUUACAAGUGAUUGAUAAGGAACAUGGUGGUGGGAUUGUGAAAUGGACAUUUGAGUAUGAGAAACUAAAGGAGGAUAUUACAGGUCCAUCUCCUGAUUCAUUUUUGGAAUUUGCUGCAAAGGUCACAAAAGAUAUUGAUGCUCAUCUUAUCAAGGAAUAA